GUUUAUGCCACGUGGAGCUCCGUACUGGGUGUGAACCUUCAGCACCACUCUGAUGUGUCUGAGAAAGAUGCAGCAUUUCUUGGUUUUUGGAGCAUGAUUGCAGGUGUGGUUUUUGCUGUGAUUCUAGCAAGGUUCGCAGACGUUUUCGUGGGGCACUUGAAGGUUCUGGUGUUGGCUUUGUUGGUUCUCGCCACGGCCGCCUUCGCAUGGUUUGCGGUGCUCUUAAAGUUUGUCGAUUUUCACACGCCUGGGUGGAAAGUCAUGAUUUAUGCCGCCAUAAUUCUUGGAGGCAUGUUCCAGUUAGGUUUCCCGUGUCUUUGUUUUGAGUUGGCGUGUGAAGCAAGCUAUCCCGUGGCCGAGGGGAUCACCACCACAUUUCUAGGGAUAAUAAACAAUAUAUUUGCCGGUGCCUUUCUACUCAUUUUCAUGUUUAUUCCGGACGACAAAGAGUACAUGAACUGGGCGAUGGUCGCCGCGGUUGCUCUCGGAGUACCUGCCACGUGUCUGUACAAGGAGCGAUAUAGCAGGCUGCUACUGGACACUCAGCGUUCAGUGGACAGUGGUCAGCGGAGUGACCACGAUAAUGAAAGUUAAAAGUACGACACAGGUGUGUGUGACCGGAAGGUGGACACGGUCGAAGAGAGAUAACUGUGAAUUUAUGAUGGGGAAAAUUACAAUGAUUGUUGCGUUUGGAUAUAGUGAGGCGGGCAACAAAAAAAUGUUCUUUUUUUAACUGUGUCUUCUCAAUUUAUGACUAUUACACUUUUGCAACAUCUCCACGCAUAACAAUAUAAAUGAAUAAGAUGUUCAUUGACACAAUGCAGCGUCAUUACAACAAUAAUCACAAAUGUCUAU